AUGGCCGCUGAGAGAUGAAAAACGUUUGGACCCUCUCCGUGUUUCCAACCGUCGAACCAUAGCCUACUGCCUCUGUCCCGGUGGUUGAGCCACCGAGGAAGAGAUCCGAGUGUCGACACGCAGCUUUCUUCCACCACUGCUCGAGAAAUGCGGCCACGAGUCCUACACAUUCUCAGGUGAGAGAGAGCGGCCGCGGGCAUGUAUCGACGUAGGGGCAGAAACGAGUACGACCUGGCCGUCAAGAAGUUUCUGGAGCACGGCCGGGACCCCGGGCGACGGCUCAAGGCGCUGAGACAAGCUGAAGAAAAGGCAGCAGAGGUGACUGAGGUGAAGCAGCUCUAUGAAAAGCAUUCGUCAGUCAUAUUCUUCAUCUUUUACUCCUACUUUGGCUCUCUGGAGUCAGCCAUCUUGGAGAAAGCUAACAGAGGUAGAGGUUACAGUGAGCUACAUCUUAGGGAGCUGAGAGACACGGCCCUGCCUGCAUUAGAGCGAAUUAUUGUGUACCUGCCAGAGUUGAUUCACAAAAGAUUCCAGUACAACUCAAUAUGUUUGAUAAUCAGAAAACUCCUACAUCCAGACAAUGUCUUGAGGCUGCGACAAGAUGGCCUCCGAUUGCUGACUCUGUGGCUCCAGGCUCUCCAGAACAAUGCCGGUGAUGCCAGCAUGCAGCUGUUUGCCUCCGCGGUACCCCACUUCCCUCCUCAGAAGACACCCCUGGGUCUCCCCUCUUUCUCCUCCCCCUCCUCCUCCUCAUCCUCCUCCUCCCUCCACCCCCACCUCUCCACUCACAGUCUGGUGGAGAGAUAUGGAACGUACUCCAGUCGCGACGGAGCUGGUCUCCUCAGCAGACGAGCCUCCAGUGCUUCUGUCAGCGGGUACAGAGAGGUGGUGAAGAUUGCAAGUCUUCAGCCACUGCACAGAUCAACCUACUCUGGUUCCCUGAGUGCUGCUGAUCACGAGGCAGCUCUGCAGCUCAUCAACCACCUCAUGGAGUCUCUCACUCAGCAGGUUGGAAGACUGCACUGGGAGGACAGAGUCCAACAUCUCCACGGAUUUGCCUUCCUCUUCUUCCUCUUCAAGCUGUUCUACCUCGCCUGCCUCUUCAAGAACUUUCGUACGGAGGCCGGGAUCUACGUAAAGCCUGAACCUCCUGAGAUCAAGGUGACAUUUGACUUAAAGGGAAAGUCGCGGACACUGGACGCGCUACGGGAAGAGUCUUCUCUAGAUCAGGGGACACGCCCCUCCCCCACUGAUGCCAUGCUCCCAGCUCCCUCUGGCCACUCCCCCUCGUUGCGAGACAGGAAGAGGCUCCACAGAAGUGGCGGGUAUCGCAUGUCUCAGGUCAUAAAACUAGACUACGAUCUGUCAAACCCUGUGUACAACGAGAUCAAAGGCAUCAUCCUCACCCGAAUACUUUCCUGGCUCCAACCGGGCGAAGCUGUGAGCUAUGCAGUGUCCCAACUGCCUCCCUCCUCGCCACUCCAUCCCCACCCUACCCCAUUCGCCGGGCCCGAUCUAAUCGCCAGAAUGUGGUUCACGUCGCGGGACAACGUCAGUUUGCUGUGCGAGGUGUUCAGACAGGGUUUCCUAGGAGGCGUGGCCCAGCCGGUGCAGGUGAGGAAGGUCGUGGAGCUGUACUGGGGCUGGGUCCAGGGGGCCCUCGGCAGGGAGCUGCCUCCGUUUAUGAUGCCACCGUCUGUGUGGAGAGAGGAGAGCCUCCUGACUGUUUCCAGCAACACUGCUGAAGCUCUCUCCCCCAUCUCCCUACAACCGUGGGAAGUCAUCAUAGGUUACGACGGACACGACUCCAGCGACGUCUCGGCAGGCAGGCAGUGUGGUCUGAGGAUGAUGAUCCACCACACCUCCCUCGUCUUCCUCCUCCCCGAGACCGAGGAGACCCGCGGAGAGCAGCUGGGGCUCUGUCGCAGAAUACUCAGGUUCUACCAGGAACUGGUCAUGACCUGGACCCUCGACCACUCCACGUGGGAGUACCUGCUGGCUGUACUUCUCCACCUGACACUGGAGCUGCUGAGAGGGUACCCACCCCAAGACAAGGACUCCUCGCUGGCUGGGAGCCUUGCUGCCGUGCUCCUCAAGACUCUCCUGGUGUGCUACCUGCGAGCAUCGAUGGUGACAGAGGUCUCGCCUCAACUGUGGGACAGCCUCUCGAACGUUCUGUCUUCCCUCACCCACUGGAAGGAGAUCAUUGAACACUGGAAAUUUGUGCUGGACACAAUGACCCGCAUACUGGCACAGUCGGUCUAUGGACUGGACCUGAAGGACUUACCUCUGCAGAGACUUCUCAAGGAAGAGGGCAUGAUAGGGCGACGGCACCGCCCGCCCUCCGCGGCUCCCCCGGAACUCAGUCCAACCAACUUUAACUCCUUCUCGGACAUCAAGGCCAGUACCAACACCGGUAGUCUUCCACUGGGGAGCCGCUCGGCCGAAGAACGCCGGAGCCAGGCAAUGAGACACAAGUCUCGGACCGUCGACAUCCCGCAGACACCUGACUCUCCGCAGCAGGGGAGGCGGCGCUACGUCUCCAUCCCCGUUGAUGCGGGAGAACUCUUCCCGUUGGCGGUCAAGACGGGAGGUGGGAGUCGGAAGGAGAGGAGCAUAAGUGAGGCGAAGGGCCCUGGAUCUAGUCAGGAUAUCCCGGCACGGCCCUCCUCGAGUGAGGGUCACUACAGAACAAUCCUGGAGGAGGGGGGAGAGGAGGAGGCGAAAGGCAUUCUCUCUCCCCCAAUUUCACUCCCCGGCACUGUGCUGCUGGGAGACACCACUGAGACUAUUGCAAACCUUUCUCCUCCACUGUCUCUCCAGCGCUCCGAGAGAGAAGAUGAGGUUGACUCCUCAAGUGGGACUCAUCAGGAGGGCAGAGUAGAGGAGUCACUCGCGAUUAGCGACGAUCAGACGCGUUCCCCGACACCCGAAGUGCAGAGCCCUGGGCUGACAUUUGAGCGAGGAAGCUCUGUCGAACCUCUGAUUGAGGCCACCACCACCAGCGAGAGGCCGAAAGAGAAAACUCGAAGAUCACUGUUUGGUCGUAACAGAAACAGGUCUGAUAGCUCCCUGGGAGGCAGAGGAGGGGAGGGAAGGUCACGGCGAAAGUCUGCGUCUGCUGCCGCAGCAAAAGUCGACCGGGAUUUGGUGUUUGCGAAUGAGAGCUCGGAAGACCCAGACACUCUGCUAGCAGGAGGGAGAGGGAGGGGCUGUAGAGGGAAGGAGUCCAGUGGAUGUGGUAGAUGGAGGGAAAGGACUGCCUCCUCCAUUUAG